AUGCCAGACGAAUUUUCUGUGGGGCACGUGCCAAAAUUCGAUGGAACAAAUUUCCUCGAAUGGAAAUUCCAGAUGGAAGCGACUUUGAGAGCUUGUGGUCUUUACGAAAUUGUAGACGGUACAAACGUAAGACCUACAGCAGCUGAAGAGGAGCGUGUGAAGGCGUGGGUGAAAGACAACGCAAAAGCGAUAUUUAUCAUUUCGAGAGCAAUGGAGUACAAACAACUAGAAAGUUUACUAGUAUGUACCGGCAAGGAAAUGUGGGAUACACUCGCAAAAAUCCACCAGCAAAAUUCAGCAGCGAACAAGCUCGUAUUAAUGAAAUGGUUCCAUGAAUAUCGAAUGGGAGCGACGGAUUCGACCGUUCAGCAUGUAGCAAAAGUACAGAAUUUGGCGAUACAGUUACGUGAUCUCGGAGACAAUGUGUCCGACUUGACAAUCAUGGCGAAAAUACUAUCGAGUUUAACCUCAAAAUUUAGCAUCCUGCAGACAGCGUGGGACAGUGUCGAUCCUGAUCGACAAAGCGUAGAGUAUCUGCAAGAACGACUUAUCACCGAGGAAAGUCGUUUGGUAGCUGAAAAGGAAGAAAGUACGGCAUUUUCAGCGAUGCGGAUCAUCAGCGAGAGGCUGGCAGUUCAAAACACAAAGGAGACUCGAAAGGAAGAAAUGAGGUAA